UAUCGACAUUCAUUUUUAUGUUCUCUUCCCAUGAAUAAUGAAUUAGUCAAUGGGAAAAAAUUCACAUUUCUGAAGAAAAUGACUUCGAAUGAGGAUGUCUUGGGAAUUUAUGGCAAAAUGGCUACAUUGGGAGAUCGGAAGAAAAAAAGUAAGGACAGACUCAAACCUCUGCUCGAUUUCACCAUCGAGAAGUUCUCGCUCCUACCAGUCAGAAUCUGUCUCUUCUACGUAUUUUGCCAAUACAGUUUCGCAACGUUUCUAACAUUUUACCAUCUCUUGGAAACAUUCGAUCCUCAAGAACUACUGAAACAUGGGUCUUUUUGUGGAAUACAGAUUUUCAUUCAGAUGAAUUUAUGGACUGUGAUUUUCUUGUCAGAGGAAUUCAACCUUUUUUUACGGAGAUAUGCAGAUAACAUGAUUCCGAUCGAAAUGCUAAAUCGAAAAACUUUCGAUAAGGUUCUGUUAGCAGUAAGAAUCCUCAAACUGAUAGCUGCAAUCGACAUGGCUCUUGCCAUCAUAGCGUCAGCGGGAUUUAUAGCAGCACCUGAAUACUUUGACGAGAGAACAUAUCUAUGUGUUUGGAUUGAAAAAACCUUUCCUAAUCAUAAAAAAUUCAUGCUGGAAGUAGUACACUGGACCAGUUUACCAGUGGCUUUAAUUCUGGCUGGAUGUUCUGUAGGAUUCGCUUAUUAUAGUUGUACUUCGAUUUUCCAAAUCCUAGUGAUACAUGAAUUGAUAACUUCAAUAUCGAAUAGCGCCCUUCCACAAGAACUGAGAAGGGAUUCAAAAUUGUAUCAAGAAGCUGUGAAGCAGAAAUUGGUUAUAUCGAUUAUGGCCCAUGAAUGUACAGUAAGAUUUCAAUCAAUAGCAUCUGAUUUAUUGGAAAUACCGAUGAUGUUACUUGCUGUAGGAAGUACGAUUUUAGGAGGAUCUUUGAUGAUUGAAUUCUUAAGAGGUCAGGAUUACGAUAUUGGGGACCACUUUGAAGUCUACAUAGGCAUUUUAUGUUUCAUUAUUGCAGGGGUUAUUUCAGCAAACACAUAUUUAAUUAUUGGCCAAGCAAUAAAAGAUGUGUCACAAGGUUGCUAUGACAAACUCUGUGAACUUCCGUGGUAUGACAUGAACAGAGAAAACAAACAAAUUUAUUCUAUAUUUCUGUUCAGAUCCCAAAAAAAUUUGGCUAUUUCAAAUAGCUUGGUCCAAAUUGAUUAUGUUCUUCUUGUUAAAAUUGUCAAGUCGCUAUAUUCGUUAGCUGCCGUUUUAACUCGUUUCGUAUCCUCAAAUGGAGAAGCCGAAUGAAAUGUACUAAGUACUUCAAUGCUCUAUUCAGUAUUGCAGGUUCUAGGAAAAAGAGGAAGAGGCUAUUUAUUCACUAUAGUUUUACUAGAUUAAUUAUUAAAUAUCACCCUUCAUUUCAUUAUACUAUGAAAUACUCAAUAGAUGCAGAAAAUAAAGUAGAAUUAGGUACAUUGUUUGAUUGUUUCUCUAUCAACAUGAAUACUGAAUACAGGGUGAUUCUCCG